CCCACUACUAGCAGAUAUAGUCAUGGCAAAACUCCUGGGCUUGUUCUCUGUCCUCGCUUUUGUGGUAGCCAUGGCCAUUGUGGGCACCCAGGCCGAUGACGGCUGCAACGACGACUUCAGGAACAUGGUCUAUGAAUGCAAGCAAUAUGUGAUGUUCCCUGCAAACACAAAGAUACCCCCUUCAGAUGGUUGUUGUGGUGUGAUCCAGAAGGCAAAUGUCCCGUGCUUAUGCUAUAAGGUCACCAAGGAGAUUGAGAAGCUGGUGUGCAUGGACAAGGUUGUGUACGUUGCCGACUAUUGCAAGAAGCCACUGCAGCCUGGCUCUCAGUGCGGAAGCUACACUGUUCCAGGCCAAUAAACCGUUGGUUGAUGGUCUAUCAGUCAGACAGGAGGGGA